UGCUGACAAACACUAGUAACAGUUUAACAGACCCCGCCUUUAUCGACGUCGUUUUCCCGGCCGAUUCAAUUUUUGAAUUUGGUUUGGCCAUAACCUUAGUUCACCAUCUCUCCCAAUUAUCAUCAUCUUCAUCACUCCAUUUUCGAUUAUUUCUUAAAUUUCAUCAAUGGCGAAUUCCGAUAUUACUUCCUCCAACGACUCCCUGAAGAAAGAGAAUUUGGCACUAACACAGUCUGCUAAACUUGCGGAACUAAGUGAAUCGAGGACAGAGUUGUUGAGUAGGAUCCAGGGCUUAAAGCAGGAUUUGCAAAAUUGGAGGUCUAAGUUAGAUAAUCAAGUUCAGAGCCAUCGGAAUGAGCUGGUAGAACUCAGGAAGUCUCUGAAUGUUGAAGUAGAUCAACUUCGAUCAGAAUUUCAAGAUCUUAGAACAACGCUGCAGCAACAGCAGGAGGAUGUGACUGCAAGUUUGAGAAAUUUGGGUCUGCAGGAUACAUCAAUGGAUGCUGGAAUAUUUGCACCCAAUCCCAUGGAUGCUGGAACCACUAUGGGUCAUGAAGUUAAUGAUGAAGGCAGUAAUGCUGAAAUUAAUGAAUCUGUUAGUUUAAAAGACGAAAUCAUUGCAGAAGAGUCUACAGGAAAUGGAAAUGGUACUGAUGUUCAUCUUUCCUCGUCAGAGAUUGGAGUGGACAUUGAGCAUUAAGUCAACUUACUUUCGAGAAUUUGGUAAAAAUUUAAAUGAACUCUGAAGGUGAUAUUAGUAUUCUUCAUAGCAUGUGUUCUACGUUUUUCUUUCAUGGUGACACUUUGUUGCCAUGCCAUAUCAGGACUCAGUAGCAAUGCCAUAUGAAUACUCAGUAACAUAUGUAAGUUGGCCGAUCCCAAGAUUUGUAACCUUUGUGAGUUUAUUGUGACUAUAGCUUGUAGCUUUAUUGUGUGACUUUUUGUAAUGUGGUAUCAUCCUUUAAUACUACUCAUAAUAGGCUUUUGGCUUUUACGCGAUUUAACUUCAAUUAUAAA